UUGAGUUUGUCACGAGUGUAUGUCACAGUUUCUUCUUGAUGCAGCUUGGUUCAAUAAAAUGGAUGCAACUCAAACAGAAAAAAUUUACGUUGCUGUUGGCUAUGAUAUCAUAGAUGGAUUUCAAACUUUGAGAUGGGCUAUAAACAAAUGGAAUUCCCAUCCAUGUUCUAUAGUCAUUCUACAUGUGAAAUACAACACUACCAUGAAAUAUGUUGCCACACUGCUUGGCAGACUCCCUGCAAGAGGCGCAUGUGAAAAGAAGCUGGAACGUGUCAGAAAAUAUGAACAAAGGAUAAUUGAGAAGCUUCUUUCCAAGUAUAUAGCUUUAUGUGACAAUGUGCCAGCUGAAACAUUUGAAGUUGAGAAAUUUGAUGAACCAAUGCAAAAGCGCACCGUAGACUUGAUCCAUGGUCUAGGAAUAACGAAAUUGGUCAUGGGAUUUUCAUUCAUGAAGCCUUCCUUGAAAUCGGAAGUUGACAUUAAUGGAUUUUUCUACGUUCAUCAUCUCAAGCCUGCGUCCUGUGAGUUGUUCAUUAUUUGUGGAGGGAAACAAGUUAUGCCACGAGUGAAGAAUGAUGGGAUAAUCUUGGAGGAUGAUAAUGGGGUCAAAAUAGCUAGCAUGAGGGAUAAGUUAAAUUUUAAAGAUUGGCUAGAGAGAAUGUUAUUUGAUAAUAAAACAAUUGACUCCCAACAUAGAAGUUCUUGCGUACAAACAACUUCCUCAUCAAAUUUGGAAUUGGAGUCCUAUCUUAACCAGAAUCAAUGGGAAAUUAGUUUCCAAGAAAUUGAAAAUUAUUUACAAGAGUUACUAUCUUUGAAUUUGGAGGAAGGGCAAGACGACCAUGUUUCUCACACUAGCCCAAUUGAGCCAUAUGUCAAAGAACUUAACAAUUUGGAUAGAAAGAGUGCUGCAGAAAAUAUUGAGAUCCUCAAAGAUAAACUGAAUGAAGCUUACAGAACCAUCCAAAUGAAAAGGAAAGAAGACGAGGCCAAUUGGGAGAGACAUGAGAAAGCUGAAUGGGCUAUUUAUUUAUGUAAUCGUCGGGAAGAAGAACUAGAAUCUCUAAUAAAGGAAGAAGCAAGAAGAAAGGAAGAAGUAAAGAAGGAACUGGAGGCAGAAAAAGAAGAAGUUAACGAAAUUAGAAUGGAUAUUAAAGAGAGCAAGGAAAUGCUUAGUUCAGUGGCAGAGCAGCAAUCAGAGCUCGUAAACAGGCUUCACAUUUGCACAUUGGCAAUGUCACAAGCUGAAAGCGAACUAGGGAAGGCAAUGGCUGAGAAGAAUGAGAUGCUUAUGGAAAUGAAUGAUCUGAGGAGACAAAGAGAAGGGUUGAACAGAAGAAUUCAGUUUUAUCAAAGAAAAAGAUGUCACAGGAAUGAGUGUAGGAUGAUAGAAAAGGGUUGUGGUUUCAGAGAGUACACGAAAGAAGAGAUCAUCAUAGCCACCCACAAUUUUUCAGAGCAAAAGAGGUUGAAAUCUGGUGGGAAUUGGAGCAGUGUGUACAGAGGACAAAUUAACCAUUCCACUGUUGCAAUCAAGAAGCUCAAUUUUGCUUCAGAUUUGUCACAACUAGAGUUCCAAGCCAAGGUGGCAUAUCUUGGUAGGAUUCGGCAACCUCAUCUAGCUGCUGUGUUGGGCUUCUGCUCAGAGCCCAAAUGCUUAGUUUUGGAAUACAUGAACAGAGGUAGCUUGGAGGAAAUGCUAUUCGGCAUGAACAGAAGCCGUGUCUUAACCUGGCGUGAUCGCGUAAGGAUAGCCAUUGAAGUUUGUUCUGGGCUGGGCUUUCUAAAUGCAGCCCAGCCCAGGCCCAUUAUCCAUUGCCUUCCUUCUCCAUCCAAAAUCCUCCUAGACUGCAACCUUGUUGCAAAAAUCACAGGGUUUGGGCUUGAAGGGUGCAGUGAAGAAUGCAACGAUGAUUCAGAAAUGAAAGCAAUAGGGGUUUUAUUGCAAAACUUAUUGACUGGAAGAAGAAAUUGGGUGACAAUGGAUACUGAUAGUGAGGCUUUUUAUGAUGAGAUUGGUGAGCAAUGGCCGUUGGAUGUAGCAAGAGAAGUGGUGGGCUUAGCAAUGAGGUGUAUGUCCAUAGAGUGUGGGCCCAAUGGAGAAAUGAGCAUAACAAGAGUGAUGGAAGAACUGAAUGAGAUUAUGAGAAAGGGUGAUGAAAAGGUUGCUAGGGAUAGAUGGAAUGGUCAUGUGGAUGCACAUGACUCCACCCACGUGCCUAGUUUCUUCGUUUGCCCUAUCCUUAAGAAGAUAAUGAAAAAUCCACAUAUAGCAGCAGAUGGAUUUUCUUAUGAGCUAGAAGCAAUAGAAAAGUGGUUGCAAUCGGGGCAUGAAAUAUCACCAAAAAAUUUGAGGCUGAACCACAAAUUACUUACCCCUAAUCAUACCCUCCGUUCCCUGAUUGAAGACUGGCAAACCAAGACAUCAUCAGCUACACUUGCAAAUUAAUACUCCACACAUGUUUCUUUGCCCAUACUU